CGUCUAAUGUAAAAAAUAGAAUAAUAUAUACUGGCUCUGAUGAAGAAGCUUAUGCAGAGAUUUUACGUCAGUAUAAAGCCAAGGGAGAUGCUAUCUUUUUUUCAACCAAAAAGCAAAUUGUUGAAAACAAUCUGUUUAGGCCAAGUGAACUCCCGAAAACAAAGCAUGCUACUUCAAUGAUGAAUAGUAUAAUGCUUCAUAAAUUUGAUAAUAUUGGAGUAGAAGAUCAAAAGACUACUGAAAAUGAA